AUGCAGGAAGAAACGGUGAAAGCAGACGAAGAGUCAUGGACACAAACGUUGAUAACCAUAACCCCCCAAGAAGAUGCUGGGAUUCGCACAAUAACUGAAACAACAUUGAUAUCGGGGGUGAGCGACACUCCCCUAGUCUUGGGUGUCGACAACGUGAUAAUCAGGAGCAAUGUGCAGCUCAAAACGAUAAGACGAGACUUGUUAAUAACUAUUGCCGAGUUAGAGAAACGAAUAAGUUGUAGUGAUGCGGGAUGUCAAACUUACCUUCGGGGCGUACCCAAGGUCGAAUUGCUGUCCCAGUAUAAAGAUAAGGCAACGCAGACAAUGUAUUUGGGAAGAAUUUGUCCACACGACCACAAUUUCGAAGAUAUCGCAAGUAAUCCCACACAUAUACGAAUAAUGAACGACCGAAUCAUAACUGUAGCAGAGAAAAUAACCGAAAUUACACAAACUGUUAUUAAAUUCGAUGCGCAUACGUCGAAUGCUCGUGUGAUUGAUCGUCUGACUAAGGGAGUCGCGACAGAAGAUUUGCUGGAAGAUUAUAACAUAGUGGAAAGCGCGGAAGCGAACGCCUAUGUCACGGACAUUUUUUACCACAUAAUGAACAGAGUAUUCUGGCUCUCUGAUCCCGGCUGUAGUUUUCCCGAAAUUAAACUCAAGCACAAAGAGAUACAGACUUGUAUCAAAUGCUAUAACAAUCUUGGAAAGAUUGUUCUCGAUGCAGACACGCAAACCAUUCUGACCUGCGAGCCAAGGCAAUCCAAUACAAACUUACUUACCGAGUGGACAGCGGUAAGAUCGUCUCUGCGCGAUAUUAUUGAGGAAUGCGUGGAAAACGGUAUUCGCCCACUGGUGACUGCGGACGUGAUACUCCACGACGUGGUCGAAAGAUGCGCCGGUCAAAUCCGUUUACCGUACAGAGAUGAAAUGUUACAGACAUUGGCAUCGUGCCAAGCACUCGAGGGCACGAACGACGAGAUACUUAGAAAGCUACGACUCGAUGUUAUUGUUGAUACGUUCGAAUCGUCGGUAAUAGCAUUAUCAGUCGUUGGGGUUCUCUUGUGUAAUACUUACUUUGAAAUACACCAAAAAGCCCCUGCCGUUGUCGCAGAUAUCAUAAACCGUCUGCUAAAGAAGUCUGUGUUUGUCGCUGAAAAAGUUGCAGCGAUCCGCCAAGAAGGGGCAUCACAUAAGCCACUGGAUGAUGUGCUUGCCGCGAGAACGCGACGACUUAGAGAUUUAUUGGAGAAUAAAACCGUGGCAACGCUCAGCACAGGUACACAAACCGGAUUGGCUGGUGUGCCAGACCUGAUAGAAUUGAAUGAAUCUAAAAGAACAACCUGCUCGACUUGCGUAAGACGCUCAGAGUGUUCUGUUUGCGUGGCGAAUGGUGAUAAAGAAUGGAAUGCUCCAUCUGGAGUCAGGAGGGAAGAAAUCCAUGGGAAGAUACUCAGAACUCAGGAUAUUUUACUCGCAUACAACCCCUGUUACGUGAUGGCAACACCUUCCAAAAUCAGCGAAAAUCAGUCUUCCGUUACACUAUCGAGUCAGUUUCACACAGUGCCCAUAUCAGCUUCGGCGAAAAGAACGCAGCUCCUCUUGAAAGCUAACCUUCGAGCUUCCAUUUCAUCCUCGACGUCUAGCUCAAUUCAAGACAAACCACAAGCUCAGAGACAAGAAUCCAACUGCAUUCGACCGUUGAAUACAAAACUGUCAGCUGCAGGGUCGUCGGAAGAGUGGGGAAAAGUGGUGCAGGUCUUUACAUUUACUCCCGAUGCGUGGUCGGUAUGCGGUCCAAGCCGUUGUGGCAGCGGCACUGUCAUAAACCGGUACCCAAUUUCGUCGCUGCAAAUCUCUGGAAUACAACACAAAGAGGAGUGUACAAGGAGCGGGUGCAACUUGCCCAUACAGUCCAUAAAGGCUUUGCGUAUUCUAAAAAAUAUUUUUAACCGAAAGCAAGGAUCAUGCAGCAAUUGCACGUGCAAUCCUAAAGGAGGGCAAGGGAGCAGAGGAAUUACAAGUACCACACUGCCUCCUGCCGUAAUCUGCAGCAAAUCAUCGGGGAUAACUAAGGAGGAGAGCAAGGAUGGAGCAAAAUUGAAUUGCGUCAUAAGUAAUUCGCUGUAUGAGGUUCAAGCUUUGAAGCUCUGUGAGCGUAAGUCGCGAGAAUUGGACUCUGGUAAAAAACCGUACGGGGAGAGUCUUGAGGUAGUUCCGAUUAUUCGCUUACCAAGUCGAAAAAGUAAAAGCUAAUCAAUAACUAAAAUCAGAGAUUUACCACCUCUUCAAUUUUUUUUUUUUUGUCGAAAAGUAAAUAUUACUCGUCCAAUUGAAAUUUAGGUAGUUCGAUGUCAUAUCAUGAUUUCAGUCGUUGAACGCGGCAAAAAAGCGUAAUGCAAUGAAAUAGAAAUUAAUUUUUUUCAUCGAGCAAAUGUUCUUAAAAAAUCAUUAUUAUUGUAACAAUGGUUUGAUCGCAAAUCAGAUUCAAUUGCGUUCUCAUACAGCUGAAGCAUCAACAACGGCUCUAUAAUAAUCGAUACUUGAAAUGAUACAUAAUAAUUAUAUAACAAAACAAGACUUAGCAGCUAAUUGUUAAGAAUAAAUGCCUAAUUUAUUCUGCAAAGGAUAUCCGCAAAAGGAUCCUCUUUUCCGUACAGCGGUUGUUUAAGUAUAUUACCUCACAAUUGAAGCUCUAAUGAAUGGAUGACCUAAUGAUUGACAAUUGCAAUAGACAUGGAAUGAAACGUAAUUUUUACGUCUAGAAUGAACGAAUACACGCAUCAGUAUGAAAGGCUAUGCCAAGGAGCACGAGGUUCUAAUAGGCCGAGUUUCAAGCGAGGAAGGUUUUGAAAAUCAUAGGAACCAGGUAUUUAGAGCACGAUACGGGCGUUUUCAAAAUUCCACAGCUUUUACCGUGUAUUCGUAUAUAUAUACAGAUGGUGUCUUGACGUUGUCUCGAAUUGCGGACCCACGAUCAGACGAAGUGGUAAUAUUUUCAGGCUACGUUUCGAAGCAGAAUUGAUACUCCUUAGAAUCGACUCCGUGUUCGCAAGCAUCGGUAAUAUUUCGUCUUUCUUUGAUUUUAGAUCAUUUGGUCAUUCUCUUUCUCUUCCACUAGGUAAAAAGACAUAAGUAUUUAAAGAACGCGACCAACAUUAUUUCUUGUAGCUCGCGCUUCUCUGUGGCAGGUAUUUAUCUAUCGAUCUAUACAUCUGACUAACUAUCUGUGUACUUGUAUAACAACUUGGUCGAAAAUUUUGUAUGUAACACCUACACAAAUCUACGUAUUAGCACGUACUUGCACAUUCUAAAACACAUGCGUUUCUAGCUGUUAUUAGUUACUCAACACUGGAACAUAUCGAUGACAUGAUCAAUCUACGUCGAAUAAUCAAUUGGUCAGACAAGGUGAUGCCGUAUCAGAAAUAAAUU